UGUGUCCAGUCGAUGGUCCCCACUGCUACACCCACUACGACGACAACAGCAUCCAGGACAACAGCUAGCGAACAGGCCGCGAGCAUGGUUCUAAGUGGUCAGCUAACUCCGCUCCCUAUUCAGGACGGAAUGACUACCAGCUGCGGUGCCUUCUAUCUUGUCAAAACUAACAACAGCUGCUACGAUAUUGCUGCGUCAUACGGUAUCGCGAUCGUUAAAUUAUAUAUCUGGAAUCCGGCACUAAACGGGGACUGUACGGGGUUAUACCCAAACUAUUAUAUUUGUGUCGGGCUGAUCGGUAACACAACCACCACUACCACUACAACAACGACUCCAACUAGAGGAGAGGUUGCAACGCCCAUUCCAACUCAAUCAGGAAUGGUAAGUGGCUGUACAUCCUUCCACUCUGUCCAAAGCGGCGACGACUGCUACGACAUCACGGCAGAUAAUGGGAUCGCCCUGGGCAAGUUGUAUAUCUGGAAUCCGGCGCUCAAUGGGGAUUGUAGUGGGUUGUGGCCGGAUUACUACAUCUGUGUGGGGUUGUAAGCAUUAUAUA